CCUUCGCCGUUGUUGUGUUGAUCUGCUCAGGUGUCUGGUGGGGAUCCGAGGCUCAACGGUGUCCUGCUACCUGGGGAUAUGGAGUGGAGCAGGAGCGCGAGUGGAGUUGUUGGUUUAUGUGUGACGAAGGAUAUACCCAAAGCCCCAUAGCGAUCGGGACCAAGGGCGGAUGGAUUAAUGAUCCUUAUAUCAACAGGGCGGUGACAGCUGAUAUACCUCCUCUCACCGGGACUUUCUACGACGAACGCAACACACCGUUCCGCUUCAACAUCACCAACAACAACCACACUGUGAAGGUGCAACUUAUUGGCGGCGAGAAGCUCUAUCUGGAGGGUGGAAGACUGCAGGAUCGCUACUACCUGGAUCACCUCAGCUUCACCUGGGGUGCAACCAACGACGAGGGUAGCGAACAUGCCUAUGGCUAUGGGAGACACGCAAUGGAAGCUCAAUGGGCGCUAAUCAACGAGGAGUACUCAAACUACGAGGAAGCAGCGGGACGUUACUGGGGAGUCAUGAAAAUUGGCAGAGUAAUGAAACUUGCCGAAGAGGAUAAUCCGUCUCUGGCGCCCAUAGUAGCAGCACUGGCCAGUGUCCGCCAGCCUGGUCAGACGGCUUCCCCAGAGGAGCCGAUAAUCUACAACAACCUCUUCUCCGACGCCGUCGACGACUACUACUCCUACAACGGCAGCUUAACCACGCCACCCUGCAGCGAGCCAGUUGAGUGGCUCGUUUAUUUCUUUCAAGAAGGCGUCUCCAAAUCGCAGUUGGCAGAGUUCCGGAAACUGCAGACCACAAACGGCCCCAUGGUGAACAACUUCCGCCAGCUGCGCAGGAAGCUGGACCGCGGCCUCGUGCUUCAUCCCAGUUGCACCCACGGACCGUGCGACUCACGCUCAGGGACGGGGCGGCAACACGGCGGUGGACGUCGCGCGGCAACCCAGUCGGGCCGCCACGGCGCCUCCAGGACCCACGGCGCAGCGCGGCGCAGCAAACACUAG